AUGGCGAAUGAGCUUUCCGUAGACAAAACUAAAAAGAAGAGAAGAAGAGAACUGACUGAGGAGCAGAAGCAAGAAAUUAAAGAUGCCUUUGAGUUGUUUGAUACAGACAAAGAUAGAGCAAUAAAUUACCAUGAACUAAAGGUGGCAAUGAGAGCCUUGGGUUUUGAUGUGAAAAAAGCUGAUGUACUGAAAAUACUUAAAGAUUAUGAUCGAGAAGCAACGGGCAAGAUCACCUUUGAAGAUUUUAAUGAAGUUGUGACAGACUGGAUAUUGGACAGAGACCCACAAGAAGAAAUACUCAAGGCGUUCAAAUUGUUUGAUGAUGAUGACUCUGGUAAAAUAAGUCUGAGAAACCUGCGCCGAGUUGCUAGAGAACUAGGUGAAAAUAUGUCUGAUGAAGAAUUACGGGCUAUGAUUGAAGAAUUUGAUAAGGAUGGAGAUGGAGAAAUCAAUCAAGAUGAGUUUAUUGCUAUUAUGACUGGGGAUAUUUAGCAUCAGAAGAAAUGAAAUCAACUCUGCACAAAAGGGAAGAAUCACUGGCAGCUUCCAUUGCAAUGUUUUGUACUUCCAUUUGUUUUCGUAGCUGGAGUGAUGCAGAAAAAUAUUUUCCUCACAGGACCAAACUAAAGACAAGUUUUAUGCACUGGUAGCUCAGUACUUUCUAUCAUUAAAUAUUAUCACUAGAAUAAUUGCUAUAGCAUUUUAGGACAAGUAAGUAAUGCUGCAUUUCAGGAUGUUUGAGUACUCAUUUGUAAAAUAGCUUUGUAUAGGAUUUCUAAAUUGUAUCAUAAGAACCUUUUGAGGUUGACUUUGUGUUAGCAUUAGCUGUGGCCUUAGUUUUGAUACAUAAGGUUUGAAAAACUUCCAUUUUAAUAAAAUAUUCUUUACUAUU